ACGGCGAUACGGGUGUCCCGGGAAAGUUGUGCCCGAGUUGCCAUCGGCUCGGAGCGGGAGCGGCUCCAGAAGCCGCAGCGGCGCGGUCGGGGGCUGCCGGGUGCGGGUGCCCCUCGGGGCGACACCCACUCCCCCGCCCACCCUGCGGCCCCCCUGCCCUUGGUGCUGGUGAUGACCCUGAACACGCAGCCCGGGAGCAGGAGCCCGCUGCGGCGGAGGGCCAGCACCCCGCUCCCGCGGCCGGGUGGCUCUGGGGCCGCUCCGCGGGGUGAGCCCUAUCACCCCCAGCUCGGCCACACCGCCUCCGAGCCGGGCUGCAGGGCCCCCCGCGGCAGCUGGUCCCCCGACUCCUCGGGCUCCCCAAGGCUCAGGGAGCCCCGGUACCGAGUGGUGCUGCUGGGUGACCCCGGCGUGGGGAAGACCAGCCUGGUCAACCUCUUCGCCGGCGUCCAGGAGAGGGACCUGCUGGACCAGCACGGAGGGGCCGCGUACGAGCGCAGGCUGACCGUGGAUGGCGAGGAGACCACGCUGCUGGUGCUGGACACCUGGGAGCCAGAGCAGCGGGGUGAGGAGAGCCAGCGCCGCAGCCACUGCCUGCAGGUAGGGAACGCCUACAUCAUCGUUUACUCUGUCACUGACCGGGACAGCUUCGAGAGCGCCUCAGAGCUGCGCAUCCAACUGCGCCGCGCGCGCCAGGCUGAGGACAUCCCCAUCAUCCUGGUGGGGAACAAAACUGACCUGGUGCGGUGCCGAGAGGUGUCUGAGGAAGAGGGCCAGGCCUGCGCCGCCGUCUUUGACUGCAAGUUCAUUGAGACGUCAGCGGCUCUGCAGCACAACGUGGCUGAGCUCUUUGAGGGGGUGGUGCGGCAGAUCCGCCUGCGCCAAGGGGGCAAAAAAUCCCACCUGCACCCCACGACCAGUCAGAAGCACAAGGAGAGCCUCACCAGCAGAGCCCGGCACUUCCUCGAUAGGCUGGUGGCCAGGAACAGCAGCAAAGUGGCCCUCAAAGUCCGUUCCAAGUCCUGCCAUGACCUGUCUGUGCUCUGAGAGCCACGGUCCUGUCCCUCCGCACACGCCAGCUGGGACUCUGCUCUCUGCAGUGUGACCAGUGGCUCUGUGGAGAGCUCAGACAGGGCUGGAGUGAUGCUGAGGAUGUGGAACUGUUUUCACUGCUGAGGGAUGCAAGGGUGCUCUGGAUCUGGCCACUCUCCUCCAGGAGAGAAGAUAAAUGGGACCAGGUAUGUGGGGUGGAGGAUGGGAUGGGUACCUGCCCUUGGAGUGGUGAGAUUUUGGAUCACAGCUGCUCCUGCAGAGCUGGAGGUGAGGGGUAGCUGUGCCCCAGAGCAGGGCUGGAAGCUACCAGGAGUGUGGCAGGUCCUCUUUGCAAUGCUGUCCUUUGCAGAGCAGCAGGGACUGGCAAGGGCACCAUGGCAUUGUCCACCUUGGACAGCCUGGAGCCUGGGAAGAGGGGGUAGGGGAGCACCAGCGGCAUCACCUGGCACCCUGACUGUACUGUGCCAGGGCUUUGUGCCAUGUCUCACUGGCACCAGUGUUUCUGUGCUCUCUCUGUACUGAUGUGAUGGGGAAACCCUUGAUCUGCAGAAUAAAUCCAUCAGGGAGGUGCUGUUCUCUGCUGGGUCCCUGCCCAGGGGAGCCACAUCCCAGAUCCACACGGUCAGA